AACAUGUUCACUUCCACUCCAAUUUAUACUGGGGAAAUGAAAGUAUAAGGCGCAUGAUGAAGAUGUAGGCGCGUGCUUGAAACUACAGUCUUGUAUCUUAUGUCUCGUCUACUCCUGCCCCGUGUUGCUCACUUUGUCAUUAGUAUCCGUUACAUGCCCCUGUCCCCUCUCUCCAGCCGACCUGUUGGCGGUGACUCUUCAUUAGAGAGCAGCAGUUUGAGCAGAAUUGCCGUCGGAUCUGCCAAUCGGACGGUAAUUGGAGCUGAGAGGAGGAAGUGGUGAGGUGCGACAGUCGCUGGCGGGACGUCGCGGGGCCAGGAGGAAUGAGAGAGCACUGCCAGACAGUAAAUGUCCAGUUAGACAAGGCCGGCCCUUUGGGAAGCUUCGAGCGAUUGCGGGACGGUGGCAGCAACUCGUGAGAGCAGCGCCGGACAAUGGGGAGCAGGGACAAGUACCACUGGCAGAGCCACAAUGUCAAGCAGAGUGGCGUGGACGACAUGGUACUUCUGUCUAAGAUCACGGAGGAUGCUAUCGUGGAGAAUCUUAAGAAACGCUACUUGGAUGACUAUAUCUUUACCUACAUCGGUACAGUGCUCAUCUCAAUCAAUCCUUUCAAACAGAUGCCUUACUUCACCGACAGAGAAGUUGAAAUUUAUCAAGGAGCUGCUCAGUAUGAAAAUCCGCCUCAUAUUUACGCUCUUACAGACAAUAUGUACAGGAACAUGUUGAUCGAUGCAGAGAACCAGUGUGUUAUAAUCAGUGGUGAGAGUGGAGCUGGAAAAACAGUGGCUGCAAAAUAUAUCAUGGGUUACGUCUCCAAAGUAUCAGGAGGAGGAUCGAAGGUUCAGCACGUAAAAGAUAUCAUCCUACAGUCAAACCCUCUACUUGAAGCCUUUGGAAAUGCUAAGACCGUACGAAACAACAACUCCAGUCGAUUUGGAAAAUACGUUGAAAUUCAGUUCAGUCGUGGUGGUGAGCCGGAUGGUGGAAAGAUUUCAAACUUUCUUCUGGAGAAAUCCCGGGUUGUUAAUCAGAAUGAGAAUGAGAGGAAUUUCCACAUCUACUACCAGCUGCUGGAAGGUGCGUCCCGGGAGCAGAUUGAAAACCUGGGCAUUGCUGAUGCUAUGUAUUACUUCUACUUAAACCAGUCAGGGACUUACAAGGUGGAUGGAACAGAUGACAAGAAAGAGUUUGCGGAAACAAUGAAUGCCAUGCAGGUCAUCGGUAUUCCAUCCGAGGUUCAAGUCAUUGUGCUGCACAUUGUUGCUGGAAUUCUGCACCUCGGGAACAUCAGUUUUAUGGAAGUUGGGAAUUAUGCAGAAGUGGAGAACGAAGCUCACUUGGCCUUCCCGGCAUUCCUACUGGGAAUUAACGAGAUGAAACUGAGAGAGAAGGUGACGAGUAGAAAGAUGGACAGCAAAUGGGGAGGCAAGACGGAGUCCAUCAACAUGACCCUGAAUGUGCAGCAGGCCGGAUAUACCCGAGAUGCCUUGGCUAAAGCUCUCUAUGCUCGACUCUUUGACUAUCUGGUGGAUGCUGUCAACAAAGCUAUGCAGAAACCCCAGCAGGAAUACAGUAUAGGAGUGCUGGACAUUUACGGCUUUGAAAUUUUCCAGAGAAAUGGAUUUGAACAGUUCUGCAUUAAUUUUGUAAAUGAGAAGCUUCAGCAGAUUUUCAUUGAAUUAACUCUGAAAGCUGAACAGGAAGAAUAUGUACAGGAGGGGAUAAAGUGGACCCCCAUUGAGUACUUCAAUAACAAAGUUGUCUGUGAUCUUAUCGAAAACAAGAGUCCGCCUGGAAUUAUGUGCGUCCUGGAUGAUGUCUGUGCCACGAUGCACGCCACGGGAGAGGGGGCCGACUCCACGUUACUGCAGAAGCUCCAGGCCGCGGUGGGAGGUCACAAUCACUUCAACAGCUAUAACCAAGGGUUCAUAAUCCACCACUACGCUGGGAAGGUAUCCUAUGAUGUAAACGGAUGUUGUGAGCGCAACAGAGAUGUCCUCUUCACCGACUUGAUCGAGCUGAUGCAGAGCAGUGAACACCGUUUCAUUCAAUCGCUGUUUCCAGAUAAUCUACAAAAUGAGAAGAAAGGCAGACCCACCACAGCAAGCACAAAGAUCAAGAAACAAGCAAAUGACCUGGUAAGCAGGUUAAUGAAGUGUACUCCACAUUACAUCCGUUGUAUAAAACCCAACGAGACCAAGAAACCAAGGGACUGGGAGGAGAGCAGGGCAAAACAUCAAGUUGAAUACCUGGGACUGAAGGAGAAUAUUCGAGUGCGGAGAGCUGGAUUUGCCUUCAGAAGGGCUUUCCCAAAAUUCAUACAGAGGUAUGCCAUCCUCACACCAGAGACCUGGCCCCGUUGGAGUGGCGAUGAACGUCAAGGUACUCAACAUUUGCUGCGUUCUGUCAACAUGGACUCCGACCAGUACCAGAUGGGCCAAAGUAAAAUAUUCAUCAAGAACCCAGAAUCACUUUUCCUUUUGGAGGAAAUGAGAGAACGGAAGUUUGAUAGAUUCGCUCGGGUCAUCCAGAAAGCAUGGAGGAAGUACAUAGCAUGGAGAAAGUAUGAAGAGAUGAGAGAAGAAGCCUCCAGCAUCCUUUACAACUUCAAAGAGAGACGGCGGAACAGUAUUAACCGAAACUUUGUCGGUGACUACCUCGGCAUUGAAGACAGACCAGAACUGCAGCAGUUCCUUGGCAAACGGGAAAGAGUCGAUUUUGCAGACUCUGUCACUAAAUUUGAUCGAAGAUUUAAGGGAAUAAAGCGUGACCUUAUAUUAUCUCCUAAAUAUAUUUAUCUAAUUGGUCGAGAAAAAGUCAAGAAAGGACCUGAAAAGGGUCAAAUCAAGGAGAUCCUGAAGAGGAAGAUUGAUAUCCAGAACAUCACUGGUGUGUCAUUGAGCACCAAGCAAGAUGACUUCAUUGUCCUGCACGAACCAGAGUACGACAGCCUCCUGGAGUCCAUUUUUAAGACUGAGCUCCUCAGUCUCCUGUGCAAGCGAACUGAAGAGCUCACUCAUCAAAAAUUAAAGCUCAAUUUUUCUGACACCAUACAAUUCAAAAUCAAGAAGGAAGGGUGGGGAGGAGGUGGCUCUCGAAACAUUGUCUUCAGCAGAGGCCAGGGAGAGCUGGUAACAAUGAAACCUGUUGGAAAGGCGCUUACCAUUACUAUUGGAGACGGACUACCCAAGAAUUCCAAGCCAACGAAGAAAGGUGUUCCACAGAACCGAGGGUUUGGGAAAAUCUCUCCUGCCAGGGCUGCUCCCCCAGCACCAUCAGGACGGUGCGGUAAUGGUGCACCUCGAUUCUCACGCGACUCUCAGAUGAGUCGGGAACAAAUGUAUUCCAGGCCCAUGAAAAACUUGGCAAAGUCACGAAUCGGUUUGGAAAUGCCUUCGCUGCCAAAACAAGGCGCUACAACCAAAGCAAGAAAGUCCGUAAACAUCAAUGCUAACAUGGAGUUCAUGAAGGUACCUGAUGAAGGAGUUGCAGGAAUCCAAAGAAGACGCAGCAUAUCUCAAAGACCCCUGCCAGCAGUGGGGCGCCCUAAACCACAGCCGCGGACCCCCAAGUGUCGGGCACUUUAUCAGUACACUGGUCAGGACAUGGAUGAACUCAGCUUUGAUGUCAAUGAUGUCAUGGAUCUCCUAUUGGAAGAUCCAUCGGGAUGGUGGAAGGGCCGUUUACGUGGAAAAGAAGGACUUUUUCCAGGAAACUAUGUGGAGAAGAUUUGAACUGUCCCAGGUCUGGGCUCAAAUAGUACUGUACUGAUCAUCAGAAGCUCAAGUGUACUGAUCGGACAUGGACAUCAGAAUGUCCACAUGUGGGACAACCCACCAUUACAUAAGUUUCUGUUUCAAUGUACAAUCUCGCCACAUUUUCCAAUUAGAGUUGUUUAGAGGUCUGCUAAAACUGGGAUUCAGUGGUCACAUUUCAGAUCUGCUUUAAUAACUAAACUGGCGACGGCAAUGAAGAAAUGUUUUUGACCAAAGGUUUAUUUUAUUACCAUUCAAUCCAGAUGGGUUUUAUAAUUUUCAUAAAAAGCAAAGCUU